ACGGCCGUGUCCGGGAGUUCGGCUGAGGAUACAGGAUCCUCUCCUGGAGGCCGGACGGGAGUAAGGGUGGCAGAGAGACGCCGGGGCGGGGGAGCUGCGGCUGGGCCGAAACCGCGGGAGUCUCGAACAAUUGCGGGCGUGCGGUGGAGCCCUAGGGGCAGCGGUCGCGUGAACUGCCGGCGCCGGGUGUGGGCGGUGGGCGGGCUCAGCCGGGGUCUGGCCCUCUGGCUUCCCACCGCGAGGGCGGAGCUGCUUUGCAGCCUCUUGACUUGGAGGGCCGAGGGCCCCUGUGGCACGCAGGCUGUUUGUCUGAGGGCAUUGGAAACGCGGCACGAUGAGGAGCCGGAGUAACUCUGGGGUCCGACUGGAUGGCUACGCUCGCCUGGUGCAUCAGACCAUCCUGUGCCAUCAGAAUCCAGUGACUGGCUUGCUUCCAGCCAGCUAUGACCAGAAAGAUGCCUGGGUCCGAGAUAAUGUGUACAGUAUCUUGGCUGUGUGGGGUUUGGGCCUGGCCUAUCGGAAGAAUGCAGACCGGGACGAGGAUAAAGCAAAGGCCUAUGAACUGGAGCAGAGCGUAGUGAAGCUGAUGAGGGGCCUGCUGCACUGCAUGAUCAGACAGGUGGAUAAAGUCGAAUCCUUCAAGUAUAGUCAGAGUACCAAGGAUAGCCUCCAUGCCAAGUACAAUACUAAAACCUGUGCCACUGUAGUGGGUGAUGACCAGUGGGGACACCUGCAGUUGGACGCUACCUCCGUGUACCUGCUCUUCUUAGCACAAAUGACUGCCUCAGGACUUCAUAUCAUCCACAGCCUAGAUGAAGUCAAUUUCAUACAAAAUCUUGUGUUUUACAUUGAAGCUGCAUAUAAAACUGCUGAUUUUGGGAUAUGGGAACGUGGAGACAAAACCAACCAAGGGAUCUCAGAAUUGAAUGCCAGUUCAGUUGGCAUGGCAAAGGCAGCCCUGGAAGCCCUGGAUGAACUGGACCUGUUUGGUGUGAAAGGUGGACCCCAAUCAGUUAUCCAUGUCCUGGCUGAUGAAGUGCAGCACUGCCAAUCUAUCCUUAAUUCAAUACUCCCCCGUGCUUCAACAUCCAAAGAGGUAGAUGCUAGUCUGCUUUCAGUUAUUUCCUUCCCAGCCUUUGCAGUAGAGGAUAGCCAGUUGGUAGAGCUCACAAAGCAAGAAAUCAUCACCAAGCUUCAGGGCCGUUAUGGUUGCUGUCGCUUUCUACGAGAUGGAUAUAAAACUCCUAAAGAGGAUCCCAGUCGCCUAUACUAUGAACCAUCUGAGCUGAAGUUAUUUGAAAACAUUGAGUGUGAAUGGCCACUGUUCUGGACAUACUUUAUCCUCGAUGGGGUCUUCAGUGGCAAUGCAGCACAGGUUCAAGAAUACAGAGAGGCUCUUGAAGCAGUCCUCAUCAAGGGCAAAAAUGGAGUCCCACUUCUGCCAGAGCUGUACAGUGUUCCUCCAGACAGGGUUGAUGAAGAAUAUCAAAAUCCUCACACUGUGGACCGGGUCCCCAUGGGCAAAUUGCCACAUAUGUGGGGUCAGUCUCUGUACAUCUUAGGAAGCUUGAUGGCAGAGGGAUUUUUAGCUCCUGGAGAAAUUGAUCCCCUAAAUCGAAGGUUUUCUACAGUACCAAAGCCAGAUGUUGUGGUUCAAGUUUCCAUUCUAGCCGAGACAGAAGAAAUCAAGGCCAUUUUGAAGGACAAGGGGAUUGAUGUGGAGACCAUUGCUGAGGUAUACCCUAUCAGAGUACAACCAGCCCGUAUUCUCAGCCACAUUUAUUCCAGCCUAGGAUGCAACAGUAGAAUGAAACUCAGUGGACGACCAUACAGGCAUAUGGGAGUUCUUGGAACUUCAAAACUCUAUGACAUUCGGAAAACUAUCUUCACCUUUACUCCACAGUUUAUAGACCAGCAACAGUUCUACCUGGCUCUGGACAACAAGAUGAUAGUAGAAAUGCUUAGAACAGAUCUCUCCUACCUCUGUAGCCGCUGGAGGAUGACAGGCCAACCCACCAUCACCUUUCCCGUCUCACAUACCAUGCUUGAUGAAGAUGGAACCAGCUUGAAUUCAAGUAUUCUAGCGGCACUCCGAAAAAUGCAAGAUGGCUACUUUGGUGGAGCAAGGAUUCAAACGGGUAAAUUGUCAGAGUUUUUAACAACAUCUUGCUGCACACAUUUGAGCUUCAUGGAUCCUGGACCCGAGGGUAAGCUGUACAGUGAAGAUUAUGAUGAUAACUACAAUGAGCUGGACUCUGGCGACUGGAUGAAUGACUAUGAUUCAACCCAUAAUGCUCACUGUGGUGAUGAAGUUGCUCGUUAUUUAGAUCACCUUUUGGCGCACACUACUCCCCAUGCUAAACUAGCCCCUACCUCACAGAAGGGAGGGCUAGAUCUGUUCCGAGCUGCUGUGCAAACAACCUGCGAUUUAAUGUCCUUGGUGACCAAGGCCAAGGAGCUGCAUGUACAGAAUGUUCACAUGUAUCUUCCUACAAAGAUAUUUCAGGCCUCCCGGCCUUCAUUCAACUUACUUGACUCACCUCAUUGCCCACAAGAGGACCAGGUUCCCUCUGUUCGUGUAGAAAUGCAUCUUCCCAGAGACCAGUCUGGGGAGGUGGACUUCAAGGCACUGGUUUUACAGUUGAAGGAGACCUCCAGCUUACAGGAACAAGCUGAUAUCCUUUACAUGCUGUAUACUCUGAAAGGACCUGACUGGGACCCUGAAUUAUAUGAUGAAGGGGCUACGACAGUCCGAGAGCUGCUUACUGAGCUCUAUGUCAGAGUUGGAGAAAUCCGUCACUGGGGCCUGACACGACACAUCUCUGGAAUCCUAAGGAAAAAGGUGGAAGCACUUGAUGAGGCCUGCACAGCCCUUCUCUCCCACCAGAAACAUUUGACAGUGGGACUCCCUCCAGAACCUCGAGAGAAGACCAUCUCUGCACCUCUGCCCUAUGAAGUGCUCACUCAGCUGAUAGAUGAAGCCAGUGAAGGGGACAUGAGCAUCUCGAUCCUUACACAGGAAAUAAUGGUAUAUCUAGCCAUGUAUAUGCGAACUCAGCCUAGCCUCUUUGCCGAAAUGUUUCGACUUCGAAUUGGUCUAAUCAUACAAGUUAUGGCUACAGAACUGGCCCACUCCCUCCGAUGCUCAGCUGAGGAAGCCACAGACAGCCUCAUGAAUCUCAGUCCUUCGGCCAUGAAGAACCUCCUGCAUCACAUUCUCAGCGGCAAGGAGUUUGGAGUAGAACGAAGUGUUCGUCCCACUGAUUCAAAUGUUAGCCCUGCUAUCUCUAUCCAUGAGAUUGGUGCUGUUGGGGCAACCAAAACAGAACGAACUGGGAUAAUGCAGUUAAAAAGUGAGAUAAAGCAGGUGGAAUUUCGUAGACUAUCUGUCUCAACUGAGAGUCAGUCCAAUGGUGGUCAUCCCUCGGGUAUAGAUUUGAUGUCAUCGUCUUUUCUGUCACCUGGAACACCUGUGGCUUCAAGUAGUGGGUCUUUUCCUAGUGCAUUUGGUCAACAGACAUCUAAAGAUAAUCGUCAAGGUCAGUGGCAACGUCGAAGAAGGCUAGAUGGAGCACUGAACAGAGUGCCAGUUGGAUUUUAUCAAAAAGUAUGGAAAGUUUUACAGAAGUGUCACGGACUCUCUGUGGAAGGUUUUGUGCUUCCUUCUUCAACCACUAGAGAGAUGACUCCAGGCGAGAUUAAAUUCUCUGUUCAUGUGGAGUCGGUCUUGAAUCGUGUACCUCAGCCCGAGUACCGCCAGCUUCUGGUUGAAGCCAUCCUUGUCCUCACCAUGAUGGCAGAUAUUGAAAUUCAUAGCAUAGGAAGCAUCAUUGCUGUGGAAAAAAUAGUACAUAUUGCUAAUGACUUAUUCCUUCAAGAACAGAAAACCCUCGGUGCAGAUGACACCAUGUUGGCCAAGGAUCCUGCGUCUGGCAUCUGUACUCUUCUGUAUGACAGUGCACCCAGUGGCAGGUUUGGCACCAUGACCUACCUCUCCAAGGCAGCUGCCACCUACGUGCAGGAGUUCCUGCCCCACAGCAUCUGCGCCAUGCAGUGAGGCCUUUGGGCCCUUGCUGCUGGGAGCCUUUUGACAGCUGGUUCCUGCCUCCAUUGAUCGUGCAUGAGACUGAAGCAUGUCGGCCUGAUCACUCCUCCCCUGCCCUUUUCCAUUCCAUCCCACCCAAGAAGAGCGGAAAGUUCUGAUAAACUAAUUGCUUUAGAAGUGAACCAUGGCCUGGGGGGAUAAGCUGCCCCCCCCCUCUGUCCUAGGCCUUAAUUCUUUCACAGUUCCUGAGAGUUUGCAUGUGUUUUUAUUCUCUAGAUCUAUUACAAACGUAGUUUUCUAACUACUGUUUGGAGAGCAGGUAUCAAUAAUAAUUUACCGCUGAA